AUGUUCCCCCUUCCCCUCAUCCAUUCCCCCACCGAGAAGGGGACCUGGGCUGCCCAUGCAGCCGCGCACCCUACUGCCUUCACCUCCCCAACCAGGGCAUACACGCGUCGCCUGUCGGCGGCGAGCGUGCGUGAAGCCUCCUCUUACACUCUCGGAUACGCGAUCGCGUCCCUCCUCAACAAGUGGAACGAUCGCGAGUACGAGCUCGGCGAGCGCUGCGGUCCCCGCCUCACUCUCCGCCAAGCUGAUCUGCGCGGGCUCAAUAUAGGCGUCGGAGGCCUCCCAUACCCCGACACCAGGGUACAGGCCGCUUUCCGAACUCAGUCCCGUCUCCACCCGCAAAGUGCCGCGCGGAGCCCGCGCGACAAAGCGUCAGACUACGGGCAGCCCUUUGACGCCCGGUACGACUGGUCGGACCCCAUUUCCCCUGCCCGCGCGAGUGAGGGGUGGGGCAUCCACGAACCCGAGCGUGUUCUUACCGCCCGCUGUGCUUGUUGGCGGCACGAGGCCGCGCUGGCCGUCCUCGCAGUGGAAGGAUUUGCACCGCGGCGACUGACCCGCGCUUCGCUUAAAGUGUGGGAGGAGGACGAACGGUGGCGAGCCCUCGCGCGCCUCCUUGGUGCCGACGUCGAAGACAACGAGCCCACCCUCCUCACUCGGGAGGAGAUCAUGGAGAGGAUCUGUACCUGUCCCACCGAUGUCGGGGCCAUCCUCGACGCCGCAGAGCUCGGCGCGUGCCGUCUGCACGAAAAUAAUCCGAACCCAAAUACAACUCCCAACGCCCCUUACGCCUGCCUCUCCACAGAGUGGGUGGCUGCCCUUGCCGCCGCCCCUUUCACAGUGGACAUUCCCCACUGCGCCCUUCCGCCUGCCAAUCUCCGCCCUCCACCUGCACCCACACAAGAGGACCUCGACCCGACAGCUGCUCUCACGCUCGAGGAGGUCGCGGCCGUGCGUGCCGCCGACGCUUCCCCCCGCCUCGAGUGGUCGCCGACCUCCCACAUGGGCUCCGCACAUGGACACUCGCGCACGUCCUCUGCAUGGACCUUCAGCUUCGCCCAAAACUUCCUGGCCCCACCACCCUCCCCCCAUCAGAUCAAGUGGGGGGACCUCGCACCGUCAGAGGAAAAAGUCGCCGCGGCUGCCCGCCACCUCCUUGCGCUUGACGAGAACGCCACUGCCGCGCGCGCGCUCGUGCGCGCCAUCGCCUUCGCAGCGUCCGCGGCAGAGGCAGGACAGGGGCGCAUAGCCGUCGCGGUUGCUGGCACGCGGAUGGCGCGCUGCGUCGCCAUCGACUUGAAUGUCGUCGCAAUCGAGCUCGCGCCAGAGGCUGACAUGUGGUGCGACUCCCCUGCUAGCUCAGUUCUCUUGGCAGACGAGGACGAGCUGAUGGAUUCGGGCGCCCGAAAUUCUCCGUUUCAACAAGACCCAAAGCGACAACAAACCCUCCCCACGCCCAAGAGCACACGCAGCUCGCGCUCGAUGCACGACUACGGCUUCCCGACACACUUUGCUUCGUACGUCGACCUCCGUACACUUCUGGCUGGGGACGUGUGGGAGCGCGUCCCGCACGACCUCGGGAGCUUCCCCUACUGGCCGUUCCCCAACCAUCCGUCCCAGGAAGAAGCGCAGACCGCGCUUCUCACGGACGACUGCCUCAGCAUCAACGAGAUGUACACUGUGCGCACGAGCGUCGUCGCUAGUGCUGCCAACAACCUACCCGGGAGCGUGCCAAUCGCCAUACUGCCCGUUCCCACAGUGUCAGCAGCCUCACGGCCCGAGGUGCCCCUCCCUUCACAUGUGAGACUGCCACGCACACCAGAGUUCGCACCUGUCGGCAAAAGUGUGUUCGACGUGAUAGCAGACAUGAAACUGCCAGAUCCCAUUAUUCCACAGCCCGGGCCCACUGGUGUCCAACAACCGCACUUCGUGGAUGUCGGCCUCCUUACCCCGCCGAUCAAUUUCCCCGAGCCAAUCAUCGCACACGAGCCAGCGGCCAGCGGCCUCUCGUUCUUCCCGCCCAUCUCCCCAAAUCCGGAAGGGGAGAGCACGCUCGGCAUCGCCGUGCCCCAACCGCGCCAGUCGGUCCUGGACAAGCUUCAUUUCGGCCUCCCUACCCCUGAUUCACCGGAAGGCUCCACCAUGUUCUUCCACACCACAGGCCCGCCGCCCACUCCCAAGAUCCACACACCCCGUCUGUGUCGGACCAACCCUGGCACUCCGCGCCAUGCAACGGGGUCUGCGUCUGUGUUCGGCGGCCCUCCUUCCGCUCCCAGACCUGGACCCAUCAGUCUUCCUCCCACGCCCGACAUGGGCAUGGGCAACACAUUGCCCGAAGUUGAGCCCCCCUUCGCCGAGGGCUGCAGCUCCUCCGGGCUGGACUGGGAGUCUUGUUCAUCCCAACUGCACUCGCAACGGCCCUCGCGCGCUCCGACACCUCCUCAGUGGCAAAUCCCGCCGCGCUCUCUCCCCAUCUGGCCGCCCCCCUCGGCACCGCCGUCGCUCCCACCCUCACCUGCACUCCCCCCCUCUACGCCAUCCCUCAUCCCGCCGGCAUGCACUCACACAACCUGCGUGCGCGCCAUCGCCGAGCGUGUAGAGCCAGACCCAAACAGUCUGCAACGCCUGUACGACGCACUCGUGGCAGGCAUCUACGCGCUCGGCGACCGUCCGCGGGCAGAGUGUCUCGCGACUGCGCCCGUCGGCGCACCCCGCGGCCCGCUUGCAGACGAGGUGCGCUCCAUCGCCAAGGCAGUCAGGCGCAACAGGCGUGCACGUAACGCCGCCGAAUCCAAGGCCGAGGCGGCCGCAAUGACUCUGUUCGAACCGGCCAUCAAAUCGCGGAAGCGCAGUGCGAGCGGCGCGAUGAAGGACAUGUUUCCUCCCACACCCAUCUCCUCGCGCUCGCCGCCUUCACCAAGUAGAUUCGCCAGCCUCAGUCGCUGGUGGAAAGGGCCUCCAGAGGUAACUGCCAUCCUUACGGCGCCCCCGACGCGGACGGCGAGCUCGAGCACCCUCGCACCUCCCCAGCUCGUCCCGCCGUGCGUCACGCCCGAGAGCGCGCACAAGGUCGCCCUCGACCACGCGACAAUCGUCGAUGAGCUGCUUUGGAUUCUCGGCAAACCUGCGGACACGCGCAAGCUCAAGCCCUCGCUCAUCCGUUUCCCCCAACACCAACAAGGAUCGCAAGUCGACCUCCCUUCCAUCGCGGACUCAGUCCUCAAUCAGAGUCCCGAGGAAGUUCCCGAAGAAGUCGCCGAGUACGAGCCGGUACUCGCCGCGCUCGAACAGGCGGACAUCGUUGUCAUCGGCGUCCACCCCGCCUUCAUGGACAUUCUCCUGCGCGAAGUCGCAGGCGCAUCAGUGUAG